GAAAUAAAAAUGAAAAGAGAAAAUUAUGUGAAAGUGCUUUAUAAGCUGUCAAGUGCCAAACAUACUUAAGGGGUUAUUAUAGUAGGAAAUGGUGCCUUCCAAAGAUUAAUCACUUCGAAAAUGUUGUAAGCAUAAAUUAUUGGUUUCCAUAUCCAAACCAUGACAGAUUCUUGUCGCCACAAUGAGGCAAGUGAUUGAAAUCUGGAGGGAGAAACUAAUAAUUUAGUGUUUUUAGUUGAUUUGGAAAUACUAGCUUCACAUCCCAUAGAGGAAUAGGCAGCAUUUUUGGAGCUUAUAUUUAAAAGUCAUUGUAAUCGUGAAUUGCCUAGAAGUUCAGCCAUUAGCCGGGAAUUUUCUUAGGGUUCUGAACAUCACCCAGAGCACUAAUGGGAGGCUGAGGCUACCCCUCUUCUCCAUUCGUCUCCAGGGAACUUCCAGCUACCCUUUCCACUCCUAGGAAAGCCGGCGGAGAGCGUGAGAGAAAGUGGGUUCAGCCUGCAUACGGCAUGGUAAAUCCUGUCUGUGUCUUAUUCCGGAGGCGAGUCCCGAGACAUUUCCAGCCUACUCGGAGGAGUUCCACUGACUGCAACAGUACGGGGCAGGCAGAUGACGGCGACUUCUCGGUUCCCCAUCCCUUUUCUGAGACGCCACCAUCAGCUUCUCCGGCCCAGGCGAAGGCGACAGAGCCUGCAGAUCAGGUUGAGGGAGGAAGCAUCUCUUCGCUGGAUGUCAUCCAACAAAUUCCCCGGAUCAUCUGGAUCAAAUAUGAUCUAUUAUCUGGUUGUAGGUGUCACAGUCAGUGCUGGUGGAUAUUAUACUUACAAGAGAAUCACAUCAGAGAAAGCCAAACACAGCGAUCAUGUAACGAAUUUGAAAGAAAAAACCAAAGCAGAGUUACAUACACUUCCAGGUGAAAAAGAGAACCUUGUGGGUGCCGAGGAAGGCGGUUCAGAAGCCCCCGAAGUACCUUUAGUGGAAGCUCCGGUGGCGGAUGCCGCAGAGCUUCCCAGUGCUACAGUUGCCGUCAUAAAAGAGGCUUCCCCGUGUCCAGACAAUGUGGAGGCUGCUGCCGAGGAGACCACUGCCGCUGGUGCUGAAACUGGGUCAGAGGUGACAGAGGCGGGGACGGGAGAAACCGCAGAGGUCAGCACUGAAUCCACGUCAGAGGUUACCAGCGCAGCUCGGGAUGAAGCUGUUGCCGUCGAUAGUGAUAAAGGUACAACCGAGAACGAAAGCUGUGGUGAAUAUGCUGAACUAGAAGAAAGUUCUCCAGUUGAGUCAGAAUCCUCUGCUGGGGCUGAUUUACAGGAAGAAGCCAGUGUUUGUUCUGAGGCCGCCUCAGCCCAAGGCUAAUCUCAUGCUGAUUGACACUUGGGCAAAAAAUGCCACAGAGGGUCUCAUAGGUGUUUUUGUAGUUUCAGUAACCUUAGAUUUUAAAAAGGCUUCUUUUCUAGAAAAUGUUAAUGUGCCUUGAGGAUUUUGGGUAUCUACUGGUAGAUUUCAGGAUCGAGAGAUUUGAGAUUUUGCAUGCUGAAUAGUUUUCUACUCUCUGGGAUCAGAAUAUGACAUGUAAAGAGCUUAAAGAGUUUCACCUGUGGAUUUAAAUUUUAUAUCAUAGGAAUUGAGCUAUCUAUACAACCUGCAUUCACUUUAAUUUUGCUAUAAUUUUACCUUUCUUUAAUGUAUGUAAAUCUAGAUUCUUGAGUUUUGAUUUGAACUCAUUUAAAUAAAUUUGGAAAAUCUUUA